UUCAUCAAAGACACUCAACUCCAGUUUUAUCCAGUCAGCCACCAGCAUUAUCUCCAGUACUUACUCCAUUAAGCAUUGAGACAACCCACAGUAAUCUACACCCAUAUGGGGGUGUAAAUGGUGCUCCAUCAUCCCUACUCACAACCUCUAGUACAUCAUCAGGAAGUCCUGCUAUGAAAGACAAGAAGCAGACUGUCAGGAUGAGGAAGAGAGAGUCGGAGAGACGGAAGGAAUCCGAUCUGCGCAAGAAACGUCCAAAUUCAACGUCUGGUAGACGUUCUGGAACAUUUGACAUUCGAUAUGACUACAAGCCAAAGCAGAAGAAUGGACAGAAAGCUCUUCGUCGCACUGCAUCCAUGCCCGACCGCAACAGCCUAAUGGGAGUGGACAUUGUACCCAACAAACAGUUUACUGAUGAUGUUGAUCGUGGUAUUGUAUCUGAUUCUGAACUGGAGCCUGCAAAUUUUUCACAUGACUUGGAUUUACGUGAAUUCAAGCGUGCUAUGUUCACUGCAGAUGACGAGGAGGAGGCUCUGCAACGCAGCUCCAGUGAACACGUUCUCAAUAGCGUCAAUACGGAGGAAUUCCGAAUUGAUGAGUCUGGUGGGUCUUUGUUUGAUUUUCACACAUUGCCUCUUGCCUACAUCCGAGCCAAACGUCUGCACAACUCCAAGAAGUUCUCUGUUCGUUUUGAAGUCACCACAGAACAAAUAUCCUCUCUGCUUGGACCACCACCAAAGAUAGUAAUACCAGAACGAUACAAUCCUCUUUCUGAUGAUGAUUAUGAGGAGCUGUCAGAGGAGGAGAAGAGAAGACGAUCAGAAAGAGCUGAAGGAAUUAAGAAAAUGUUGACCUCACAUAGUUUUCAAGAGUGGCAUCCCCGGGAAUUUUUAAAUGAUUGGCAGGAAACAACAGACAACGAAGAAGAAAUGCAGAAGAUUCGCAAUGGAUUAAAAGUAGAAAAAGAAAAACGUGAAAAUAUAUUGCAGCUGAGAGCAAACCUUGCAGAAGAAAUAAAAGAACACACUAAACAAUUGGGUGCACAAUCACUGAAGGUCGGUCCACAUAAAACAGGAGGGGAGGUAGAACGCUGAUGGAAUCACUCAAAUCCAAACAUCAAUGAAUAAUUCAUGACAAGAUAACCAAUCUGCUGAGCUGAGAGAUUUCUUGUGCAUAUUCAAAAGUGCCACUGUGUUGCAUAGAUUGAGAAACUAAAAAAGCAAAAUGCUAAAGAAUAUCUUUGUCACAGAAUUAUUGCUUUAUUUUCAUAAAUACAUGUAUCUUCUUCCAUUUUCUGUUGUUUUCUGCCAUUAAUGUUAGAACUUGUAUGUCCACAAAAUAAAUUGUUACUUGUAUAUAAAAUAUAACACUUUUGUUUACAGUAACUAUUAACAUUAAGUAUACCAUAUCUGCCUAGAUAGUUGCGGCUAACAAUUUUUAAUAAAUUAAUUGUUUAUAGAAUUUUUAAUGAACUUUGUGCUGAAAAUGUUCACAUUGUUACAUUUAGCAUAAAGGUAUCUUACAAUGUAAUAAAUGUAUUUCUACAUGAAUGCAGGAGGUCUAUGCUAAAAUAAUAAAAUAAAAAUAAAAUAAUUAAUUAUUUUUAAUAGAAAUUUGACUUACAAACAAGUUCAGGUAUUUAAUAUCUGAAAUAUGCAAAUUGAUCUUGAAUUUUUGUUUUUGUUUUGUUUUGUUUUUUUUUAAUUUGUAGUUCAGGAACAUAGUGGAAUUACAAAUUUACUGUUGAAUAUUUUGCAAAGGUUUUCAGUAUGUAACAUCCAAAUUGGGGCGGGGAAGGGUGAGGAAGGUGCAUCUGCUUCCUGUGUCUCAUCCUACUGCCUUGAUUCAAACUUGCUACACAUUUAUAAGCAGAAAUAUUAUGCAGUUCACUAUAAAAAAAUAUUAUAGUACAUAGCAAUAUUACAUUUUGAAAAUAUUUAAAUCAUAAUAUAGUGUACUGUAUUGAUACAUUUUAUUACAGUGUUUUCCUGCCAAUAAAUUACUUUAAAUAUCUUUUCUCUAACAAUUUUAAAUGCCUUACAGAAAUUAGUCUUUCUAAAGUUGAUGCCAUCCAAAUUUUCAAAAAAAAUAUAUAUAUAAUGUAUAAUAUAUUUAAUCUUUCAAUUUAACAUAUUUCACAAGAAAUGUAUAAUAAAAAUAGAUGAAUUUAAUUUCUGUUGUAAAUAGCUUACAUUUGUAUACAAAAUUUCAUAGAUUUGGUAUUACAUAAUAGUUUUUGGUGCACUAAAGUAUGAAUAAUGUUAUGCUAAUAAUGCUUUAUUUAUUUAUUUUUAAUAGAAUAUACAUUUCCUGUUUUUUUUAAAAUUCUAAUUGGAAUUACUGUCUUUAAAAUGACAAAUUUUCUUUAUAAAACUAUAUAUCAUGAAAUGAAUUUGAUUUUAGGUUGUCCUACUCUCCUACAUACUUGCAAACAACAUAGUUUAAUAUAUGACAUAGUAUAUUUUAUUAUUGUGUUAGAAUUUUGCAUUGCAUAAGGAUUAGAAAGUUUUUUUUAGAUUUUGCUGUAUAUCUUUAUCAAAGUGUGUGUAUUAGACAAAAUUCACUGGUUGGGAGUGUUGGAAUGGAGGGUUUUAUUUUUGAGUUGAAUGGUUUUCAGAAACGUAGGUUUUGUAAUUGAAAAAGGAGGUAGUAAAGUUAUGUAUGUAAUUUCUGGUACAGAAUUACUAAUAUGCCUGAUAAAUAUUAGUGUAUGAAGGUUAACUUUAUUACUUAUACAUAUACUGUAUCAUGAAGAGCAAUUAACUUAAGUAGAUAAAACUCAGUUUUUCAAAAAACAAAUAUAUUUUAUUGUCACAAUGAAUUUGUUAUAGCGCCCUCUAUAUUGUUUAACUUGAAUUUUUUGGUCUUUCACUGGAUUUUCAGAAACAGAAUG